AACCAAAAAUGAGUGGACGAGGAAAAGGAGGAAAGGGACUCGGCAAAGGAGGCGCUAAGCGCCACCGCAAAGUGCUCCGUGAUAACAUCCAGGGCAUCACCAAGCCCGCCAUCCGCCGUCUGGCUCGCCGCGGCGGAGUGAAGCGUAUCUCCGGUCUGAUCUACGAGGAGACCCGCGGUGUGCUGAAGGUGUUCCUGGAGAACGUGAUCCGUGAUGCCGUCACCUACACCGAGCACGCCAAGCGGAAGACGGUGACCGCCAUGGAUGUGGUGUACGCUCUGAAGAGGCAGGGCCGCACCCUGUACGGCUUCGGGGGAUAAGCAGCUGGCAGACCCACCAACCAAAGGCUCUUUUAAGAGCCACCCACAUUACAUGAAGACUUUCCUUUACUAUGUGUCAUAUAAUGAAACAACAAUUUAUCUAAAACCGGACACUAACCUACAAAGAAGAUGAACAGACUUGCUUUUAUACAUUAUUUUAUUGCUGAUAAUCAUUCCACCAGUGUUUAUGUAGUGGGUGAUAUGAAUGCUGACAUGUCAGACCUUGUUUGCUAAGCAUAUGCUACAGUUCUGUGAUGACGAUCUUAUUUUAUCAAGCCAAAUACUUUGGCCUACAGAUAGCUAUAUAAAGUGAUGCAAAUUAGUCGCUUUUCGGCGCCUCCUGCUUUUUCAACGCUGCUUUGGGUGACUUGUGUAAUUAGUGGAGAACCGAAGAUUUUUCGAUUGGGGGGGGUGGGGUCCGUUAGUCCGUCCGACUGACGGUCAA